CGGCAAAAUCAAAUUGUUUGAUCAAUAAUUUGCAAAAAUGUCGAUGGUGACGCAAAAUCAGAAAGAAAAAUGCGAAUAUGGACUGAAAGACGUAUUCAAGAGCCCCAGGAUGACAAAGGAGUACCUCCUGAACCACUGCAAGGAGUUGAAACUGUACCGCACCCCACAUUUGAACGAAGUGCUUUACUUGCACUUCAAGGGUUUUUCGUAUAUUGAGAAUUUGGAGGAAUACACCGGCUUGAAAUGUCUUUGGUUGGAGAACAACGGAAUUCGCAAAAUCAGCGGAUUGGAGAAUCAAAAGGAACUGCGAAGCUUGUUCCUCCACUACAAUCUGAUCCAAAAAAUUGAAAAUUUGGAGAAUUGUGUCAUCCUCGACAACUUGAACUUGUCCCACAAUCAAGUGAAAAAAAUCGAGAAUUUGGACACAAUCAAAACGCUUCAUAGUUUGAAUUUAUCGCAUAAUUACUUGGAAAAAAUUGAAGAUAUUGAACAUUUGGUGCAACUCCUUGAAUUAUCAGUUUUAGACAUGUCAAAUAACCAUCUCGAUGACCCUCUCAUUGUGGAAAUUUUGAGCAAAAUGCCUGAAUUGCGUGUGUUGAAUCUUAUGGGAAACCCCGCUAUUAGAAAAAUACCAGCGUAUCGUAAAACAAUGAUUUUGGCUUGUAAAAAUUUGCAAUAUUUGGAUGACCGUCCGGUGUUUCCCCGAGACCGCGCAUGCGCGGAAGCUUGGGGACGUGGUGGAAUUGCUGAAGAAAACGCAGAAAGACAGCGUUGGAUUGAAAGAGAACAUCGCAAAAUAACUGAAAGUGUCGAUGCCAUGAUCGCAAUGAGGGAUAGAAGAAGGGCCGAAAUGGCAUCCCAUGGGGAUAGUGGGAUGGGUACUUCAGUUGCAGAUUCCGAAAGUGAAGAUAAAGGUGAAGAAAGUAGUGAUGAAGAAGACCAAAGCAAUAACUUUAUGGAAGAAAGACAACCAACGGAGGAUUAUUCCGAAUAUAGGGAAAGAAUCUUUGAUUUUGAUUCAAAAGUUGUAAGAAAAAGAAAACUGGUUGAAGAAAUUGAAACUGAAGAAACAGUGAAGACAGAAAAUCAUGAAUUGGAUGUAGAGAAGUUGCAAGAAAGGCUGACGGAGGAAGUUAGGAGGGAAGAUAUGGGAGAAUGUUUGAAGAAUAUGAUGCUUGCCGAAAAUAUUGAAGAUAAUCAAGAACAAAAUAAAAGCGAAAGUCUUGAUUCCGUUCAGAAUGAUACAGAGGAAGAUGAAAAUUUAAUUUCAAAAAGUGAAGAAAGUAAAAGAAAUGAUGAUAACCAAGGGACAAACAAAAAUACAACUUACACUAGUCAAGAAAAAGAAGAAAACAAAGAUAAUACUACAAAAUUGGAGAACUUCAACAACGAAGAUAUCCAGAGCACCUAUUUGGCUCAAAUUUCUUCUGUAGAAAAUGAAGAAAAAACAAUUGAAACAAAAGAUAAAGAAUUAUCGCCAAAUAACGAAGAAAUAAAUUCCUCUUGCGAAAAUGUGGAAAAACAUGAAACAGAAGAUUGCUCUGAAAAAAUAAAUGAAAAUUUCAGUUUUACAGAAGAAAUGACAUCUGAAAUGAACGUUGAAAAUGAUGAUACGAAGAAUGAAGAUAGUACAAAUGAAGAAGUAAAUAAUUUAGGACGGAAAUUGAUUGAAACACUUCGCAAAAUGGCAAAUGAGAUGGACGACGACAAAAAGAAGAAACAUGAAGAUCACGAUGCAGGGAACUUGGGAAGAAAACUAGUCGAAGCUGUUGAUCAAGUAGCAAAAGAAAUCAAUAAAGAGGAGAAACCCGAAGAAUUCGCGAAGAAACUUGAGUUAUCGGAGGUGAAUACACAAAAUGAAGAUUCCGAAGAAGAACUGCGCUAUUAUGAAGCACUUGACAUGUCAAGCAGUACCGAUUUUGACCAUCUGUUGGACCGAAAUGGUAGUCACACAAAACUUAAAACUGUUGAUAGAUUUCUCACGAAGGAAGAUAUCCCAGUGCCUCCUUACGUGGAAGAGUUGGACAGAGCCAAUCCAGGGCAAGAAUAUAGAGAGAUUCUUGACUGGAAUUUGAAAAUAAAAGAAGAAAAUACAAAGAUUUUGCUCCCGAUCAGAAGAAGAAGAAUUGAAGUAGAUGAAGAAGAUGAGUUGUAUGAAUUGAUUCAAGAAAUGAAGAAAGAUGAAGAGGAACAAAACGAAAGUGGGGAUGAUAUGAAAGCUAUAUCUAAUCCAAACUUUGUUGAAGAUACAAUGAAUGAGUGUGGAUUGUUAGCAAAGUCUAUAGCUAGUUUGAGGAAAGAUAUGGCGGAGUUCUGUGAUAGUAUUGGGGAGUUUCUUGCUAAAACAAGUGGUAGAAAGGGAAAUUUGAUAAAGCAAGUUGAAGAAGAAGAAGAAGAGGAGAAUAAUGAUGAAUUUGAAGAGUGUGAACGUGGGAAUGAAGAUGAAGUCAGUCCGAUUGUUACACGGAAAGUUACACAAACUCUAGAAAUGCAAGUUGUAAAUGAAAUGUAAUUUUUUUAGAAAUAAAGUGUUGUUUUUUGCACCACUUUUGGCACUAGCAAUG